AUGUCGAAGUUGCAAGCCUGGCGUGCCGUCCAAGCACCUUGGAAAGCCGUGAAGAGAGCCCACGGCUUCAUUCAGAAGACGCUCUUUGAGGGCGAGGCCCCGACCCUCUACCGGCUCAAGGCCAACAAGUACGCCCACUGCUAUGGUGCUCCGAAGCGAGGUGCGAACCGCAGCCUGCAGCACCUAGCGCCCUACCUAGCCGGUGCCGUUCUGGCAGGGAUGGCGACCUUCUUCGUGGUUCUUCCCCUGAGCUUCAACCGGAGCUACGAGGCCUCGAAGCAGCGCUACGAGGCCUUUGCGCGCCAGAAUGCCCAGCACGCGGAGCUCCUGGAGCGGCAGUACGACAGGGGCCAGUUCGCUCGGCACCCUGUGGCGUGCCCUCUGGCAACCUCGGAUCCCUUUGAACAUGAGUAUGGAUCCUUCCAGUGGGAUUCGACCAUCCUUUCCGUAGAUGGCGACGUGGACAGCGCUGCCCGUGAGCUGAUCCGCGUGGUCGGCCAGCCCGAGGCUUCCCUUGCCGAGGACGACGAGCCGGUGGAGUCCCCGGACCCCGAGAGGGUUCAAGCGGCAAAGAGAGCAGGUGCCCAGACGAAGAGUGUCUUCGGCGAGUUCAGUGGACUGGCGAGGAUGCUUGGCGACUCCUGCGUGGAUUUGGGGCAGGGCUUCCCAAACUACGACCCACCGGACUUCGUGGUGCAGGCCCUUCGCGACGAGCUGGAUGGCACAGGCAAAGGCAAGGUUCGCACACGCCAUCAGUACACCAGGACCACCUUCAGGCUUUCAUUGUAG